AGGGUUGCUACUGUAAAUAAGCGCCCAUAUUAUUGUACUCAUACUGGCGCACGUGUUUGCUCUUUGCAACACUCGUGUGGUUCUCCCGAUUCUAAUUCCUUGUUUUCUUUUUUUCUUUCCUACUCUACUUACAUCCGAAUUCUCAAUCAUGGUUGAUGAAGCAGUUAUCAAGAUACCCUCCGGAGAGGUCUUGGAAGACGACGAACCAUCCGAGCCAACCAUCUCCUUGCCUGACUCUGGAGACACCGGUGAAGGCGGAAAGCUCAGUAUGAUAGUCCAGCUAGUUAAGAAGUGUUUGGGUGUAAAGGACAUCGCUGCAAUGCGCCUAUCGCUCCCUGCAUCCCUCCUCGAGCCUCUUCCUAACCUCGAGUACUGGCAUUACCUCGAUAGACCAGAUCUUUUCGCCGCAAUCAACGAUUCCAACGAUCCCUUUGAGCGCAUACUAGCCGUCGUCCGUUUCAUAUUCACAAAGGACCUCAAAUUCGUCCACGGCAAAGUAUGCAAGCCCUACAACAGCGUCCUCGGCGAGCACUUCCGUGCCCACUGGGACGUACCCCCAGUCUCAUACUCCUCCGACCCGACCCAACCCCCAAUCCUCCGCGUACACACCACCGUCACCCCACCCCCUACUCUAAGCGAGACUGUCAGCGUCAAGAGCAAUCGCAGUGGCAAGAGCUCAAAGAGCACACUCAGCGGCCUCAGCCUCACUUCCAAAGGCAAAGCCUCUCCAAGCACAGCUCCCACAAACGAUGAAAAUAUUCGAAUCGCAUACGUCACCGAGCAGGUCUCUCAUCACCCUCCAGUAAGCGCAUACUACGCCUCAUGCCCAUCGCGAGGGGUGGAAAUGGCAGGUAUCGACCAGAUCAGUGCCAAGGUAAGCGGUACUGCCGUACGAGUCGCACCAGGGUCCUUCAACAAGGGCAUUUACAUCGACCUCACCUCUGGCCCGGGCAAGGGGGAGAAGUACCACAUCACGCACCCCGUGGCUAGUGUGAACGGCAUCUUGCGAGGGAGCUUCUAUAUCACUGUGGGUGAUAGCACCAUCGUGACGUGUUCUGGGAGUAAGGGUGGAGUGGCAUACCGUGCUGUGAUCGAGUAUAAGGAAGAGUCAUGGUUAGGCCGCGCGCACUUCCUGGUCGAGGGCGUGAUACAUACGUACGACGAAGAAUCCAUAGAACACGACGAGUGGACGAAAGUGAAGCACGUCCCUACAUCCCGCGUCGUAGCCGUCUUUGAUGGAUGUUGGCGGAACCAAAUACGAUGGCGGCGGACCGCUGCAACACCGUCUGCUUCAUCGCCAUCGGUAUCCUCUCCUUCGUUAUCAGAAACAGAAUACGCGACUCUCGUAGACCUUUCUACGUUGUUUGUGGUCCCGAAGCAGGUUCGCCCGCUAGAGCAACAACUUCCUAUCGAGAGCCGAAAGCUCUGGGAUCCGGUGACGACUCGAUUGCUUGCGAAGGAGUAUGGGGAAGCUACGAAAGCGAAGCUUGCUAUUGAACAGAAGCAGCGGGAUGAGGCGGGAGAACGAAAGAAGAAAGGCAUCCAAUUUAUACCCCAAUACUUUGAGAAAGAUAUCAGUUCCGGAAUUCCCAUUCUAACAGCUACAGGCCGAAAAGCUGUGGAAGAAGAGCUUAACGAGUCAUCGUGUUCUGACGCGUCGUCGUUGUCUUCGUAGAAUCGGGGACUGGCCUCGCUGCUAGACCUGCCGGCUCGUUGCCCACGGAGGUCAUAGAGGCCUUGGUCCUUGGGUAGGGGUGCUCAUAUUAAUGACAGAAGGAGUGGACGCGUACAUGCGAUCGCGAGAGAGUAGAUUUGGAGGUGCGGGUCACGAUAUCAUGCAUGGAUGGUUUAAUGUUUUUUUUUGAGUGUUGAUGCUUUAUGCUUUCUUUUACUUGAUGAUUUUCGUCUGUCAUUUGUGUUUUUGUGUUUUGAUUCAAUUCAUGGACUGUUUAUGAUGAGAA